CAUUGUUUACUACUGCGUUAGAAGGAUAAAAACUGCGUGGAACAAUUGGGUGUACCCGUAUAUCGUGAUUAAGCGAUAGACCGCAAAAGACGAAGGCUGGGCUUUUUUACUUGUUAAUUCUUGCACGGUAAAUGCGAACAAGUCACUAGCGCUAUUCACGAUGGCGGCGGCCUUCUUUAUGUUGCUCGCUGCCGUGCCUCCUUUUCAGUACAACCUCAUGGUGAUCGGUAGCGUAGCGCGGUUUUAGAAUUUGUUUUUUCCAUUAUGAAGUUUGUCAUCGGCACUUCUGGCUUCAACAUUGCGCGAUUACAUCUUGCUGUUUUGUGCGCAACAGCCAUGGCAUCGGUGUCGUGCUUGGUUGUUGUCUCAAGCGCGGAUAUUGUACGAAAGUUCACGUUGAGUGACGCGCGUCUCAGCACGUUGAAAGCAGCAGUUCAAGAAUGUUCAUUGCUGUCGCCGGUGGUGAACGUAGACAAGGACAGAUUUCAGGUCUUCGACGAAGUAUUUCAAAGGAACAUAGACGUAGUGGACGAGGAUCUCAUCGCUGACAAGUCUCAAGUGUUUGUGUUGACUGCUGUGCGUCCAACCGCAGUGGAAAUACCUGAAACCAUCCACUCAUCUGUUGUUACUGAAAGUCACGGUGACAACGAACCUGGUGACCGUGAUGGCAGGGACCAUGAAAUGCCGGACUUUACUACAAUGAAAGAAAAGAUGGAGGAAGGGUCACUGUCGGCAUCAAUGCACAGAAGGAUUGUGGAAGAACUAUACCAAUCAAUGGUCCGCUGCACGCUGUAUGUGUGUUUGCCUUGUUAUCAGGGAGUUUAUAGCAGGCAUUCAAAUUAGUGAUGGCAUAUUUCACAACAGUGGAUUUCUAUUAUAUUGUAUAGGUAUCCUUCCGCAAAGUUUUACGGGAAGGUUGCGAGCACGCUUGUAUCACAGUACCGUGGCCUAGCUGACUCAAAUGGCAGUGGUUACGUGAGUUUCUUACAUCCCUACACUAUGCUCAUUAUGCUAUGUAAACUGGCACUUGAUGGACUGUCUUCUUUCUGCACGUUCUUUUUUUUUCAGGACUCUUAGGUCAUUUGUUUGCGCAAUAAAUUUAAAAAUGAAAGGCGUAAGGUCACUACAAACGAGAUGGUCGCCGAAUCACGGUCAAAGUUUGGUACGAAAGGAAAGCCUUCGCAGAGGAUUGACACAGCAGUGAUGAGACGGAACGAAACACCACGGCUUCCUGACAAUCCUUUGAACCCUUCCGGCACUGGUACUGCUCAAGAGGACCUAUCAUGGCUUUUGAACGAAUAUAAAAAGCAAAGACCAGAUAUGCAGCAAAUGCGGGAGAGGCUGCGAGCUACCUUUCAAGUGAGGUCACAGAAAAUGAAAUCCAGCACAGUUGCUGCCUCUCUGAAGGAGUUUCCGUACCUGAUUGAUUUCAGAUUUUUCAUGCAAGAGUUCCAGCUGUUGACUCAGAAGGAUGCUUCUAAAGGUGUAGAAGCUGCAAAUGAAGAUGUGCUGAACAUGGUGACAAGAAAGCAAGUACGGUGCAGCCAGGAGGCAAAAGAUGGUGUAGCUGCCUGGCGCACAAUUAACAACUGUGAACGUCGAAAGAAUCACCUCCGUUGCAUACAGGCCCUGAGGGUCCUCAGUGAGAUCUUCAAGGAGAAGAAAGCAGUGGACACUUUAUUUCUUCAUGAGCCGGCUGAUGCAUUCCCAGCGACCCCACACGUAUGCUACAGCGGAACGUCAUUGGAGGACGCACAAAUACUGAAGCUUGUAGUGGAAAGCACUCCACUAUUCCAUGUCCUUGAGGCCGUCGAAGGAAUUUCUGCAAUUCUAGCUGCAUACUGGAUCUUUGAUGCUGUGUACUGCCCGAAUCAUCUUAAUAUGAUGACCUUUUUUGAACGUGCAACUGGACUUGAAGUGACUCCUCUUCAACCUCCAGUUAAAGCAUUCCUCAACAAGCACAAGAAUAACCCAUAGCCCUGCAUGACCCGAGCUUACGUGCAGGAACUGUUACAGGAUGACUGUUGCAACUCCGCACAGCAUCUUUAAAAGAUCGGGGAAUUUUUUCUUUGAAGUGCAAGUGAAGGCUACCUGUUACACAACGGGAGAGAGGGGGUUGCGUUAGAGCAGGAAGCUCUUAUACCUGUUGUCAUAAUGUUAUUUGUAUUAUCCCUGUUAAUCCAACUGCUAAUCUUAAUGAAAGGCCGUGACCUCAAUACAUGUUACCGCCUUUGUGACAUUGAUCCUAUGGAGGAGAAGACUGUGCCAGUGACUUCAUUCAGAGGGAGAAAAAAGAAACUUUCUUCUAGUCAGUCAUUGCUUUUUCUAGUCAGUACAGAGCUGGACUGUGAUGUAAGCUUCCUCUGAGCAUUGAUGCCCAUUGAUGGCAUAUGUAUCCACUGUGUGCAACAAAAGUCAGCUCUUUGCCUGCUCAGCACCAAGCGGUGCAAUAGUCAUUGGUAUUAUUGACGUUAUGUAUAUUCAGUGGCACCAAGUCACCAUAAUUCUAUGUAGCCAUUGAUAAGUUAUUGCAUAACAUUGCUUUGUUUUCACACAAGAAGUCUUCAGUUGUUUUUCACAAAGUAUUACCUUCCAUAUACACGCUGUGUGAUAUCAAUGAGAAGAGUUUAGCUGCAGCAAACAUGCCAUCAUAGACCCAGCCUGGGUUAUGGUAUAUUUCUGCACGCUACGUACAGUGUGCUGUUUUUCUAUUGAA